UGCUGAUAGAGGCUGGCCGCCUUCCGUUCCGCUACCGCUGGAGCUGGCUAAUGCACAACAUCAGCGCGGCGCUCGUGUUCACCGUCACCAUCGCCUUCUGGCCGAGCGUGUUCCAGCCGGACUCGGAGCAGCCGCCCAGCUACUUCACCGUCUCGUCCCACGGCGGCAACAGCGUCUACGUCCUCCUGCUCCUCUUCAUCCACCGGGUGCCACGGCGUCCGCUACACGUGCUGCAGCCGGCGGCGGUGGCGGCGCUCUACCUCUGCUUCACGGCUGUGUACACGACGCUGGGGGGCACCACCGAGCACGGCCACACAGCCUUCUACCCGGUGCUCGACUGGCACCAGCAGCCGACGGCCGCCGCCCUGUUCGCGUUCGACCUAGUCAUCGGCGUGCCCAUCUCGUUCUUCGUGGUGGUAGCGCUGGCGCUGGCGCGGGAGGCCGUCUGGAGGCGCUGGAAGGGGGUCAAGGUAUCGCAAGGGGAGCAGGCUCCUCUGCAGAGCGGAGGCACGCAGGAGCGGUACGACACGUGGCCCUGAAGAUGGUGCUCAUGGAACGAGGACAGCCGUUCGGGCAGGGCUAAGAACUGGCAUGUGUACGUCUGGUCUAGCAAUUAUAAUAAUGCGUGGUCUGGAUUUACCUGUCUCAAGCAGUCUUCGUAUACAGCACCACAGAGCUAUCAUCUGCAGCCAGGCCUCAGUUUGACGGGGCUCGCAGUUCCCCGGUUUGUUGGGGCGUGCCGUUCCUUUUGAGUGUGUGUCGUUGGUCACGGUCCCAUUCAGGUGAUCAGGACCUGUGAGUGUCGGUGGUAUAAGCUCAGGUCGGGGAGUCGAGCUUCACGUCUUUUUGGGAGCUCAAUGGACCUCACAAAGCGAUUCGCAGCUUCUCACCCACAGGUGAGCUGUCGCCUACAAUCAUGUUGUUAAGUCUUCAAACAAGGAACGAGGAUGUGUGCCCCGCUUUCAAA